AUGGUCACUCAAAUCUCACAGAUCAUUCACCUCCGGCUCAAUGUGAUCAACCAUGCCUCCUGGUUCACCCUGGACCUAUACCUCGGGCCUGAGGAUGACCUGAUGGCUGGGAUGCACGAUCCAUCACCUCCAGCCCAACCUUAUCACCCAGACCUGUACCUCGGGCCUGAUGAAGAUUUUAUGCCAGAAUUCCCUGAUAAAUCUCUUCUGGCCCAACCUGAUCAACCAGGUUUCCCCAUUCACCCAGACAUGUACUUAGGGCCUGAAGAUGAUCUGAUCGACUGUGAGGUGAAGCAGGAGCAUGCUGAUUCGGAUAGUGAGGUCUCAGUGAUUGCAAAAUCUCCCGAACAUGAUUUGCCACACCUGGAUGUCACGUAUGAAGAAUUGCUUGCCAUGGUCUGGGAUCUCUGGCCAUUUGAGUCUUACAAUCACACAGGCAUUCAAUCCAUUCAAGAUCGGGUCUGGGAUUACAAACAGCGACACGGACAUAUUCCCGACCCAUCCAUCCAACAACUACUCAAGGCUGAGAGAUCAUUCCGAACUGCCUGGGCAGAAACAUCUGACAAACUCAGAAGAGCUGAUGAAGACCUCCGGAGGCUGCAAAGAGCUGAACAUUUGACUUCUGAAAUGCUCAAGGUAUUAGACUCCCUCAUUCUUAGGUUUGAAGAUCAAAUUCAAAUGUAA